CUUCAAGGAUAGUGCAGAUGCCCCAAUUACCCAUUGAUAAGAAGAUUAUUCUUCAGCGUGAGGAUACUUUGAGUAUGGAUUUAAAAGAUAAAAGCCAAUCGAUAGUUGUAAUGGAUAAGGACAUUCCUGUUUUAACGCUUAAUUCACAAAAUUCGCAUGGAGUAGAAUGUGAAAACCCAAUCAACUUUACCACACUUAGUGAAGAAAAAGCCGAUUUAAUACUUGUAAAGUUAGAACAAAUCAGAUAUGAAAUUCGGAAUUUAAAAGCUAUAGUCAUGUAUAAUGAAGCAACGAAAACUACUGAUAAUAAUUAUUAUACAGCAGAGUCAACUGGAUUUUUGAAAACAUAUAAUAUUAAAUUUCCACUAGAAACAAAUGAUCAAUUCAACGCAUUUAAUACUCAGUUGAAUACUGACCGUAAUUUAAAACAAAGUUUUAUCUUUAAGCCGAAAUAUAUUGCAUAUUAUAAAACAUUGUAUUGCAAGAAAUGUUGCAAUAAUGUACACAGCGGUAAAAAAUAUUCCACACAAAUACGUUUUCAAGAGCACAGAAUUUUACUCAUGUAUAGAAGAAGUUUAUUUGAAACAAACUUUGACUGGGGAAACAGUAACUCAUGCUCUUUUAAUCAAGGCCAUCAGUGUCGUCCUUACCAAUGCUAAGGAUUGGGAAGGUUACCGAAAGUCACGGACAAAAUCAGCAACAAUUAUUAA